GUACGUGCGGUGGGUGGCAGAAUGUUUGCCCCUUCCAGAGCAGCAGAACCGCUUGCCCGGGCUCCUGGAGCAGCUCGUGAAGAUGUUCUUGAGCGACAAGAGGUACCACCAGGACCCGAGGUUCGUGAACCACUGCGUUAAGCUGGCGGAGUUCAUCACUUCUCCUUGCCAGUAUUUUGACUACCUGUACGGACAGGGAAUUGGUGCCAAGGCAUCCGACUUCUAUGUUGCUUGGGCUCAGCAGCUCGUAAACGAAGGCAACGUGCAGUGUGCGGGAGCUGUCCUCCAGAAAGGGCUCCACAACCAGGCACAGCCACGAGAAACCUUGCAACAGCUGCACUGCUGGCUGCAGAAUUACGAUCCUCGGAAUCUUCCUUUGCAAGGUGCUGCUCUCACAAAACCACUUCAAACUUCACAUGCUGCAAAUCAAAUGGCUCCUCGAAAAAGUGUUUCAAAGCUCGAUGACCCAGUGUACGCUUGCAAAAAUCAGGGUCCUGAUUCUGCUGGUGCCCAGUCCUGUUCUUCUGGUGGAAGAGAAGAAGUAAAGUACAUUACGUACAUCUCCAAAUCUGAAAUUCUUCCGAAGUCGUUGCCCACUGUUGUCGAGUGUGAGCAGGUUGCGAUGUACGACAAAAACCUGCUGCUGUGUGAAGGCUCUGAGCUUUCCUUCGAGGAGCUACGAGCCAAGAGAUACUUCAAGAAAUACGAGCGCCUCAGAAGACAGCAAGAAUGGGAAGAAGAAGAGAGAGACUCCAGAAGGAAAAAAGAGUCCGCUGUCCUCGAACUGCAAGCCCUGCAGCAGAAGCUGGAACAGCUCACCCAGCUCACCAAAAGCUUGGAGGAAACUAGACUGGAACCAGCAUCUGCCACAUCCGCUGAACCGGAUAAGAUGAAGAUGGUGCAUCCACGUGUGACGCCCAGCGCAGCUCUCCAGCAGAACUGGACGGCAUCUGGUCAAAGCUCAGGAGGUGUGGUGCCAAACCAGCCUCGAUCGAGUGCUUCGUCAUCUGCCGCCCUUACGCUGCCCUCGGUGAAACCCAGUGGCCACUGGAUGACAUCAGCCUCCCUGUGGGAAGCAGCGUAUCAGAAGGAUGCGGUCAAAGCUCAGCUGGAGCUCGGAGAAGUCCAGAAGAGCGUGUUACACCCUUCAUUCCAUAACGUUUCGGCUCGGGAGCAGGCACGUCCUGACUCUUGGAGCGCUGGAGAGCAGCACCCUACCGUGAGAUCCGCUGGACUGCCGGCUGCUGCGGAUGUGCAAGAAGCAUCUAGAGUUGGAAACUCUUCCUUCGCUUCUGGAAAUGCUUCUCAAGCCACCCCGAACACCUCGCUGGGAGGAGCGAUGCAGGCAACACCGUUCAAGGUCCAACCUUCACCCACAGUCCAUACGAAGGAAGCGUUGGGAUUUCUCAUGGAUAUGUUUCAAACACCCAUCUUGCCUGAACCGUCUCCUCUUGAAGAAAGCGAGGAGCAAUUUGAAGUCUUCUGCAGAAAAAGUGAGCCUGAUGGAAGUCUGAAAGCUAAUAUUGUUGCCCCUGUCGUGCCUGCGUUUUCCAUCUUUGAAGAUGAGAAUGAAAAAGAGAACGGCGGGAUCCUGCAGCACAAGAACAAGCCAGAAGAGCCCAGAACUGUUGGAGAACGUCCCUUGGCUGACUGUACAGAAGAAACAGGGACACCAGAGUUCUUGAGGGAUGACUAUACAGUGUGGAAUGUACCGAGCAGUAAUAAAACGUUAGCUCCCAGUCCAAACAACACGAGAGACUUUGCACGAGCUGCCCAGCUUGUGUCAACACCGUUUAAUUACCUGUCGGCACGUUCACGCCAAGCUUUGGAGAACAAAGCCUGUGGGGAUGACUCGCCGCAAAUGGACCUGGAGUUUUCUGAAGAACUGCACAAGCAGACAAAAACUAAGAAGCUAAGCCCUGCUCUUGAACGCGUUGCAGAACAAGGAGAGCUUCAAGGAUAUGUCUUGAAACAGGGAAAUGGAAUUCAAGGAACUGCUACAGCUGCUUCUCAAAGACUACACGAGCAGAAUGCCACGAGCGGAACCGAAUAUUCGUCGUCUGUUGGGGUGGACAAAGCUUCCCACGAAAAGCUCUCUGGAGCUGGGCAGGACAGGAUAGCCCGGAGUGUUAGAGCUGCAGUCCUUGUUGAGAACCCUUGGGAUAAGGAAUUGAUUUGCAAAUUCUUAUCAGAGCUUCCUAAACCACUCCACACCUAUGCCAACUACUUUGAGUGGAAAUCUGCUCUUCCGUCCAUCAAACUGAAGACUCAACUCCCACUGGGUUCCAGCUCGUUCCAUGUGGACUGCUUGGUUGGAGAGGGAGCUUUUGCUCAAGUCUAUCAGGCUUCCAUUCUGGAUGCAAGUAACCCUAGAAACAAUCAGAAAGUGGUAUUCAAGGUCCAGAAGCCUGCCAACCCCUGGGAGUUCUAUAUAGCAACACAACUGGUAGAAAGGCUCGAUCCAAGCGUACGCCAUCUCUACAUCCACUUUUAUUCUGCUCACUUCUUUCAAAAUGGAAGCAUUUUGGUCGGUGAGCUCUACAACUACGGAACGUUGCUGAAUGCCAUAAACAUUUACAAAAAGCUUCCGGAGAAGGUGAUGCCUCAGGCACUUGUAAUCUACUUUGCUGUAAAAAUUCUUUAUAUGGUGGAAGAGCUCCACAGCUGCAAAAUCAUUCAUGGUGACAUCAAGCCUGACAAUUUCAUACUUGGAGAAAGGUUUCUGGACAACGAUACGUGUGACAUAGAUGGUCUCUCUCACGGCUUGACGCUCAUUGACUUGGGGCAGAGUAUAGACAUGAAACUGUUUCCUGAAGGAACGGCGUUUACUGCAAAGUGUGAGACAUCUGGGUUCCAGUGUAUUGAAAUGCUGACACAGAAACCAUGGAACUAUCAGACGGACUACUUUGGCAUCGCAGCCACGGUCUACUGCAUGCUCUUCGGUACCUACAUGCAAGUGAAGAACGAAAACGGCGUCUGGAAGCCUGAAGGAGCCUUCAGAAGGCUUGCCAACGCUGAAGUGUGGAAAGAGUUCUUUGAGAGCAUGCUGAACAUCCCCCAGUGCCACAGCCUGCCCGCCCUGGGCGCUUUGCGCCAAAAGCUGAAGGAUUUAUUUUGCAAGUCGUACGCAAAGGAGAUCAAGUUCCUUCGUAACAGACUCGUCGUGUUGCUCAUCGAGCACAAGCGGUCGCGGAAAUAA